CGAACAGCUGCCACAACAUUUUAAAACUGCAAUCGAAUAUGCAUGUCACUCGCGUGGCCUUUCUCCCUUCAAAUUUAAGGCAAACUUCAUUCGAAUAUUCGACACUCCUCCUCCCCCACACAGAUGUUCCACCAUAUCAUGCUACACCCCUCAACAUCUCAAUCAUCUAUUGGUGUCUCACCUUUCGAUCCAUACAAUGAAAAGGUCAACCCAGGUCAUCUCUAUGUCCGCCAACCACACGCAAUACAGAUCAUCCAGCUCGUAGAGGCUUCACCUCCUCCACCUCGCAUAUCAUCCCUCAUCGACUCCAGCUCAUCUGGCUUCUCUUCUGGAUCAUCAUAUCCCUCAACAUCUGACUCAGAAGACGAGGACUGCUCAUCAUAUUGCUCCUCUUUCGCCACACCUCCCGAUUCUUCCCAGGAUAGAGAACCUGUGGUGUGGACAGAUGAUACAUACGAUGUUCGCAUGAAGCGGAUACAGAAUUGGAGAGAUCAUUUGACCAAAGCCAUAAGCGCUUCACCUGAGCCUCGCUCAUCAUCAUUGAAACGAAAGUUGAAUCAAAAUCAGACGGACGAUGAUAUUGUCUCGCACAGUCCAAAAAGAUCGCGCUCGCGGGAUCCUCAGAGCCCAUCCAGAUUACUCGGCCAUCCAUGUACGGCGUGCGAUACCCCUUUCUCAUCCAGACAAAGCCUGCGACAACAUGGUCUCACUCCUCAUAUAUCUGAGGCAUGUCGGAUAGCGGUCGAAUACAAUUUCGAAUGACCGGCUACUUCUUGCACCGACCCAUUUUCUUCUUCUUCAUCUUACGCUUGGCUCUCCACUCUUAUGACGAUCAUGACCCCAGCAUUUGCAUCGUUGUAUGAUAACCCACAAUUAUUUUUCAUUCAUUUUCCAUAUCGUACAUACUCAUUUCCCAUACUAUGUACCACCAACGGAGGGUAUGAGUUUGUUUCUGUACUUUAUCAAUACUUGUUAAUUAUACCAUAUUAGCUCACUACUAUGUACCAUCAUACCAAACGACUUCAAUACAGAGUCUUGUCACCAGACGCUAUCUGUUUUUACAACGAAGAUGAUAUGACGUUCUGCGGAUCUAGCACCCAGAAUGAGAUAUGG